UUAUUUUUUACGUCGUUGCACUCCGGACUCUUUAACGCCACGGACCAAACCCGGAAAAGACCAAACGUUAGACAUGCUAGUUCGGCCUGACAUGGACGUUUAAGCUUGUUAUAAAGAGUCAUGUUUAGCUUUAAAACACUACAGAAGAACAGGACAUUUAAAUAUGGAGUACCGAUGGUCCUGCUGGUGGUCGGAGGUUCUUUUGGCCUGCGGGAGUUUACGCAGAUUCGAUAUGAUGCCCAGAAGAUCAGGAGAAAGUUGGAUCCUUCACUGCAGGCCCGAGUGAGUAUGCAGGACCAGUCUCAGGUCUUAGAGAAUGAGUAUGAGAAGAUGAAGGAGGCCAAUUUGGACGAGUGGAAGAACAUCCGCGGCCCGCGGCCCUGGGAGAACUCCAAGGAUUUCCAGGAGCAGCAGCGCAACACGCAAAGAUAGGAUCCCACAAAACAAGACCUGAGGACUCAUUCCUUAGCCUCCUGUUGGACAUCCUCUGAGGACGCCCUGAGGGACAACAUUUGUAGGACACAAAUGGUAAAUAACUAUAUAUAUAUAUAUAAGUAGAUACAUCAGCGUGCUAAGAGACUUGUCUACCUGGUGGCCAUCUUAGGAGGGGCUACUUUUAUAUUGUAAAUAAAUCUUAAAAUGCUUAUUUCUCAACAUACUUUCAUGCACUUUUAAUUUAUUGUCAAUCCAAAAACAUGUGCUUUUAAUUAGAGGUGUCCCUAUACAUUAUCAAUAUCGCUCCGAUAUCAACAAAAAAACAACAAGUAUAUAGGACACCGUGUAAAAUGUCUGAUGCAAGCAGUCCUGUUCAUUUGUGCAAAGCUGGCCAGGCAGUUAACAUCUAAAAGGUCUGUCUUUUCUUAGAUUGUAGUCAAGUCAUUUAGAAAAAAUAAAUACGGUAGCCUACAGUCAGGCCCGGCCCUAACCAAUCUGGCGCCCUAGGCAAGAUUUUAGGUGGCGCCCCCCCACAUCGGCAGUGAAGUGUAUAUACUCACAAGAAACCGAAUAGCUUUGUCUUUGACCUUUUUUUUUUUACUUAAAGAAAGCAAAUUAACAAUCAGAAUAGUUAACAAGAUAAAAAAAAAUAUGGAUAAAUAAAUGAAUAUAAAAAAUGAAUAUAUGAAAUACAAUAUUUUUUACAUACAUAAACACAAAAUAAAACGUGUCAACAGGUUGCAUAAAAUAAAUUAAAAAUACAAUAUAAAUAAGGCACUGCACAAUACAAGAUAUCAAACCAGUAUGACUUUAACAACUAUAUUACACAAAAAGGGGAUCCUACAGAGUUCUCUAUUUGUGCUUUUUAAUAUUGCAUUAACUAGAAUGACUUACAAAUUACUGUACACCAGGGAGUACUGUAAUUACCUAACGUUACAUUAUUAUUUUCCAUAACAAUUUAGCCCCCUCCACAAUAUUAACCCGACGUUAAAACAGAACUAGCUAUUUAUUGAUUAGCAAUUGCCGAAUCAUGUAACAUUAGCUUAAUGCUAAAAAGCCAGGUUACUAUCACAUUCUGUAACAGACAAAUAAUUUCAUGGAGGCUAGCGUUACCUACCUGCUACCUCUGUCUUUUUCUCGUUUCUCCUCUUCUUUUCUCUUUUUUCUUCCCUGGGCACCUGACAGUUUUGGCCGUUUUGACAUCUUGUGUUGAUUUUUUUUAUGUGGUGACGUCCAAAAAGAGUCAUGAUACGGGAAGGGAGGGGGUGCACCGU